CUGUACUGCUUGAAACGCUACGUUCAAGUCGUUAAAGUACCAGUACAAUUUUCAAAAUAUGUUUCAGAAGUGACGCACUCUUGUUUAACAAGGAUAAAAAUGAUAAAAAAGCGUAUCGAUGGUCGUCGACUGGGGCAAAAUAUUGGCAACCAAGUGAUUUUACUUGGGACUAUUGGUAAAAAAAGUUCAAAUGGUAAAAAUUUAGAAUUGAGGACAACCGAUGGUGUGCAAGUGAACGUAACUUUACCGGAACCAAUUGACAGCGAGGCUGAGGGUUACAUAGAAGUACAUGGCACGUUACAAUCCUCGACCACAAUGAACUGCAGCAAUUACGUGGUAUUUCCACUGAGUAUGACGGAGGAUUUUGAUGCCGACCAAUACAGUCAACUUUUGGUUAUCUUGAAUGUAUUAGGACCAGGAAAGUGGAAGAUGUCCGAGGAUUCGAAAGGAUUCUAAACUUACAGCUGUAAAACUUGAAAAUUGAUUGUAUUACCGAAACCAAUGCGUAAUAUGAUCAGCGUGACCGCCAUGUCUACAUGUUUGACACCACGUAAACCAGUUACUGAAUUCUGUCAGUUUAUUGUCACAUUCUUCGUUUCUGUUGACGUUGGAUGUUGUCAUUUGCAAUCCACUUACGGUGCCCAUAUGCAUUAAGCAUAUUGCGCAUCGUGGUAAUGGUUUUCUACAAUUCGGGCAUGAAGACAUCUAUAAAAAAAUGAAAAUACAAUAUUAUUUUGACAAAUCA